AUGGCUCUUCAAAGGGAAGCACGAGCGAAUUUGCCAUCCGUACAAAACUGCAUUAGCAGAAUUAAUUCUCUCCUGGAUAAUCUUAGAAGUCAAGCCACCAGCGAAUCCUUUGAUGCUAACACUGCACGUUCAUCUUUGUCUGACCUACGACGUAACAUAGAAAGGUUGGAGUCGGCAGGAGUAGAUAAUGAUUUUUUCCCCUUCUUUAUACAAGUAGUACAGAGAGAACCAAGUUCUACAGGAAGGGGAAGACAUCGCCUACAAAUUGACAUGGACAAGUUGAAGGAGUUGAUUGAUCUCGGAUUUUCAGUUACUGCAAUAGCAAAGAAUGGACUUUUAGGUGGAAAAAUGCACCCCAACACCAUUUACAACCGUUUAAAGGAUGAAAAUAAAACUGUGAGGUCAAAAUACAGCAAUUUGAAUGAUGAGGAGCUAACUGCAUUGAUCAGAACUUAUAACAGAGAUCAUCCAAAUGCAGGUGCAGAAGAAGUUUUAGCAGCCUUGAAAGUUCAGGGAGUUUUGAUUCAAAGAAAAAGGUGUCGUGAACUCUUGUCCAAUAUCGACCCAAUUGGAACUGCAACUCGUUGGUCCCGCACUAUACAGAGAAGGCAAUAUCGUGUCCCAUCUGCCAAUUUCCUAUGGCAUGUUGAUACACAUCACUCACUGAUCAGAUGGAAUAUUGUGGUGCAUGGUGGCAUUGAUGGAUACAGUAGAAUGAUAACAUAUCUUAGAGCAUCAUCAUGCAAUACAUCAAAAGGAGCAGCGUGUUUCUUUCUAAAAGGGGUCACUAGGUAUGGAAUACCUAGCAGAGUGCGUGCAGAUUGUGGAAGAGAAUUUGUAGAUGUUGGACACUUUAUGACAGCCAUUAAUGGAACAGAGAGGGGAAGCUUCAUUACAGGAAAGUCUGUCCAUAAUCAGAGGAUCGAACGACUGUGGAGAGACGUUUACAUGAAGGUUCUGGUAACAUAUUAUCGACUUUUCCAUUACAUGGAGGAUAAGCAAAUUUUGGAUGUGAAUAACCCAGUCCAUAGGUUUGCUCUUCAGUACACCUUCAUACCAAGGAUUGAUGCAGCACUUAAAGACUGGUCCACAAUUCACAACAACCACAGGCUCAGAACAGAAAACAACAAAACACCCCAGAUGAUUUGGCUAGAGUCUUUGGCCUGUUUUGCAAACAGCAAUUCAACAGCUGUUAAAAACACUCAGGAUGACCAGAUGGGCCGUGUUCCAGAAAUUUGUGAACGCUUAAACAUAUCAAAUGAUGAAAAAUGCCAUUUGAAACCAAGGGAUGAGUGUCCGUUAUCUGAAACAGACAGGGAGACUUUGGAUGAAGCAGUAAAUGUGAAGAAAGAUUCGGAAUCGUAUGGACUUGACAUUUUUGGGGAGGUGAUGGAUUUCAUUUCCAGCCAUAUGAUAUAACGU